UCUCCUAUGAGAAAUGACCGUUCAUGGUAUAAAAAUUUAAUUGUCGAAAUUCUGUCACUUUGACCUCCAUUGUCAUUCUCCCAAACAAAAGAAUUCAAACUUUAUUUAGGAUCAUUUGUCUUCAAGAAUAGUGUAAAAGUUAUAUAUUAUCAAGGGUAUUGAAGAAAAUGUAGGUUAUAUAAACAGAACUGUGUAAAUUUCAUUGACAAUAGAACCAAAAACUACUCUCGUCAUGGAUGCUGGAGGGGACAGACUUCACUCAACAAAUGUUGCUGUGAUACGUGAGGUCUAUGAUAGCGAAUAUUCUCAUCAGGGAUUUUCAAUAGAAUUGGAAAAAGCUUUACAUGCUAAAUGUUCAGUUAUUGUAAUUGAGCCCACUCAACUAGGAGAUGAAACUGCACGUUGGAUAACUUUUGGAAAUUAUAUUCAUAAAACUGCAGUUAUAUCAGGGUUGUCUUCCCAUGUCAUAGGCUUAGCUUGGCCAGAAAGUAUAAUACUUCAGGGAUCACUUUGCACAGCAUCUUUGCUGAUGACUGCCUUAUAUACUGCUUCAUGGCAGUUUGACCAUUGUGUUAAAUAUCAGGUUGAAAGAGAUAGAUCUAAAUUGGCUAGACUACCUAUCCUCGGAGUACUAACAACUACUACUCCAGUUGUACUUGUGAGAAAAGAAGAUACAAGGAGAAAAAUUUUACAUUGUACAGUUUCUCUCACAGCAGCUGCAUUUUGCAUUUACAAAUUAUACAACUCUGUGAAAUAAUAAAAGUGGAAAAUUUUCCACUAGUAGUUGUAAUUCACUUGUUAGAUAUUCUAUCGUUGAAAAUUAAGCGAUAUAGAAAGAUGAGUCCUCAAGCAGAUUAUAAAAGUAUAUUUGGAUCAAAUAUUGUUUAAUAUUCAAUGAUCCUGAGAUUACAGUGUUUUAAUUGUUUUUGAAUAUGUCUCUUUAUAUUCUACGUUAUGAGUUGAAAUUCGACAAUGUUAUGAAUUAAGAUAUUCAACUGCCUUGAGAAUAUAAAAAUGUUGUUUGUGAAUACAUUUAUUAUUUCUGAUGACGUGUUUAACUUGAUGAACUAUGAAUAUAAACGUAUCAUUUGAAGAACUGCUUGGAAGGAUUAAGAAAAUUGUAAUUUAUUUUGAUCAAAAUAUAUUUACAUACUGAAAUGA